CUCAUACGGAGCUGAGCGGCUCGACACAACUGUUUCACUGAAAAUGGAUGCCAACAUUGUUGUCAUGGGGACAGAAAGUGUCGGGAAAUCAGCUCUGACAGUGCGCCUCUUAACCCGGAGAUUCAUCGGAGAGUAUGGAGAUAUUGAAUCCAUCUACAGUCACAGCUUUAUGGUCGAUGGGAGGGAAACCGCUCUCAAUAUUUGGGACUCACCUUAUUCUGAGGAUUUGUCCGUGGGGACGUCACUCUUUGAGAAGAAGGUCCAGUGGGCAGAUGGCUACGUUCUGGUCUACAGCAUCUGUGACAGGGCCAGUUUCAACACCGUCAGCCGGCUCAUUCAGACAAUCAAAUCCACCAAAGACUACCUGAACGCCGACAAAGCGCCCAUAGUGAUUGUGGGAAACAAGAGGGACCUGCACCACAGACGGACGGUGCUGAGCGAGGAGGGCUGGCUGCUGGCUCUCAAAACAGACUGCCACUUCUAUGAAGUGUCGGCGGCCGAGAACUACCACAGUGUGCUCAUGGUGUUUCAUGGGCUGGUGGACAGGAUGAGGGACGCCAAGCUGACCGCGAAGAGGCCUCUGGGGUUCAAGGGCAUAGUGAAAAGCAUGUCUGCCGUUUUUGCCAGGAGACGGACGGACUCCUUUUAGUAAGACUGUGACAGAAGAGGAGUUUGUUUUUUAUGAAGAAGAAGCUUCACAUUAUGUGUAUUUGACUGGAUGGAUAUCACAGUCUGAUAGAUGUGACACAUGUUACGUUGUCCAAGGGAACAAUGAAGUCUCCUGGGGCAGAGACGCUACAGAGAAAGGAGCUGCGUUUAAAUAAAAAGCAUGGAAAGACUCCAGAGAAGAAAAGAAGCCAUUAAGCUUCAGAAAACAUGAAGACAAAACAAUGUCACAGAGGUUACAGAUGUUUUUUGGUGAUCGGUUUUGAAAUUAACUGCACUUCAAGCGACAAGCUACACAAAACUGAUGAAAUACUAUAGUCUCAUUCAUUAUGCAGAUAUAUAUGCUAUUAUGUGCAAGAAGGUAUGCAAUAUGUUUAGGAUAUAUACCAGCUGUGGAUGAAAUUCUUUGCACGAAUUAAAUGUGCCUUUACUUACGAUGAUGACCAAAGAUAAUGUCUUAAGACUAAAGACAGCUCUUCAGUUCACAAGUGAGACUUUUGUACUGCUGGAAAAAGGGACUGAAAAGUGUCCUGCUCAAUCCUGUAGUUAAUUCUAGAAAGUAAAACAUACUUAUUUGUAUUUAUUCAAGUCUAAACACUGUAAAGCAAAAGAACAAAUUGUUUUUCUAUAUUUAUGAAUCUAACUUUGUUUUAUGACUGACAAGGAUUUA